CUCUCUCUCCUCUGUAGAAAUCAAUUUCCAAGGAGAAAACAGUCACAAAGAAACAGAUCAUCACCGACAGAACUCUAAACACAAAGCCAACCCCAUCCAAUCUUCAAACCAAAACCCUUUUAUAUUCCUUCCCUUUAAUUUUCUCAUACCCAUUUUAGCAGGUAAAUUUCUUCAGCUGAUGGAUUAUUAUUCAUCUAAUUUAAGCAAAGGAGCCUCUCUAAUUGGUAGCAUUUCAGCUUCUUUGGGUAACAUCUCCUCUCUGGCUUUUCAAUAAGCUCACCGGCAUUUUUACAAAGGCCAUGAAGUUCUUCUGUCAAUUUGUGGUGGAUAGGUUGCUGCUGGUAGGGACCUUUCUGCAACACAUAUUCUACAAGGUAGGCGUGUGAAACAGUGGAUUGAGAAAUAAAGAAAAGGUUUUUUUGCUGAAUUUACCAAUUUGCCCUCCAAAAGUUGAAAACAUGAUGAUGAUGGCCACAACAACUACCCAAACACACCCUUGAUGUAUAUCCAUGGCUUGAAGAUUCAUCAAAAAGAUUGGCUGUGACAAAGUUGUUGGUGUCUAGAAGCCAAAAUUGGUGUUAUUCCUUGCUUUUUUAACAGCCAGAAUUUGGCAGGCUAGGUGGGAAGUAAGGGAGGAAAGAAUGAGGAGAGAGAAAGGAAAGAGCAUCCCUUGAGAGGAAAGGAAAGAGGAGAGAGAAGGGUAUAAGAGUAAGUGAACAAGGAAUAGACCAGGAGGAGUAUUAAAUUGGGAGGAAAAUGAAAAAGGCAUCUCUCUCUCACACAUAACAUUGAAAGAGAGAGAGAGAGAGAGAGAGAGAGAGAGAGAGAGAGCAUCACCACAGUCACCAAAGCCUAAAAAUAAGGUACAAGUAACAACUGCUGCAACAACAACACAUCAGAAAACAGCAUCAUCCCAUUUAUCUCUUUGCUUUGCUUUUUCAGCCAAAACCCAAUUCUUAUUGUUCUUACCCUCAUUAGUUUCUCUCUCUAGAAAUAGGUCAAAAUUUUCUUUCUUUCUUGCUUUGUAUGUUUUGUCUCUCUCUCACUAUACACAGAGACAUGGAAACUCCAUGCAACCUCUUCUUCCAUCAAAAACUAAGAAGAGUCCACACCACCCAAUUCUCUCUCUUUCUCUUUCCUCAGUGGCCCAGCUGGACCGAAAAUUUAUUUGAGAAGAAAAACAAAAAGGAAAAGAAAGAAGAGAGGAGAGAUUAGUAGUAUGUAGAUGUCUUCAAAUGUUGUCCUCCAACCAAACCCACCUCACAAAAAAACCUCUCUCUCUCCCAUAAAAAUGAAAGUAUCCCAGAAAUGCCCUUCUGCAACCCCCCAAAAAAUCCCAUCUUCAUCACUGUCUCAACUCUCAAAAGAAACAUUUUUUUCACCGAAUUAUGUGGGCUUCUUUGGGUUUUCUUUGUCUUGGUCAGAGUUUCACAGAGAAAACAGGAAAGCGAGAACCUUCCCAUCUCUCUCUUUCUUGUUUCUCUCUCUGUCUCUCUCUAACCUCUUCUUCUUUCCUUUCCUUUUAUUAUUUCUUUCCCAUCUCUUUCUUCAUUCUUAUUGAGCUCUCUUCUUUCCUUUUUCUCUUCCUUUUAUCUCUAUUUCUCUUCGUUUCCCUGUUUUUGCCUUGUGGGUAGAUUUUUUAUUAUCGGAUUCGAUCUGAUGUUGAAGAGGAUGAAAGGGGUUGCUGCUGCUAUGGAGUCUUCUCCUUCUCCAUAUGCAACUGUGUUUGAGGAUCAAAGGGCCAGGCUCAAGCAUCAAAGUCUUUUGCAGGAUUAUGAGGAGUUGUACAAGGAAACAGAAUCUCAGAAAAGGAAGUUGGAGAUGAUGAAACACAAGAAAUUGACCCUGUUGUCUGAAGUCAGGUUUCUAAGGCAACGAUACAAGUUCUUGAUGCAAAACCAGUCUCAAAACCCUCCUGAGCCGAAAUACAUACGGAGGCAGAACUUAGUUAAUACUAGUAGAACUGUAAGGAAAGAAAGGGAUAGCACUGGGAAUGAUGCUGCUGUACAGCGCCAAGCUCCACGAUUUGAUUUAAACAGAAAGGGUAAGAAGGUUUAUGGUGAAAGAGAAGCUGUUUUACAAACCCCUGGUCCAACUUUCGACUUGAGCCAGAAGCAGAAGACAUAUAUCGGAAAGGAGGCUGCAUUCGGUAAAUCAGCAACAACUGCUGACUUGAAUUUGAAGGAAAGGAUUUACAGUGGAAAGGAAGCUGUUGCUAGGAACAAUGCUCCAAUUUUUGACCUGAACCAGAUUUCGAGGGAAGAGGAAGAGUUACAGGCUAAUGGGGAGAUGAUGAGAAUAGAUGAACCAAAGAUAUCAUUAAUGAGAGGUGGGAGUGAUGAACACCACACUGAUAUGAAGUUAUCAGCUUGUAGGAGUGUUGGAAAUGGAGCAAGUCGGGCAGGUAAGAGAAAGAUUUCAUGGCAGGAUCAGGUUGCAUUGAGGGUUUGAAUUCUUCGUUCAACAGCAAUCGAAGAUUAUAUUUUGGUGAGGUUGGAAAAGUUUCCUUGCCUAAUAUUGUCAUGGUUAACUCUCAUAUUUUUUUUUUUUUUUUUUUUUACUUUUCUCUUAUUUGUAAAGAAAGAAUAGAUCCCAUAUAUUAUAAUCGUAGAUGAAUUGAUUCUGAGAUA